AUGUUCAGUUCUAGGCAACAACGCCAGCAACCGGAAGAGCACCGUUGUGACAUCUGCGGUGGACUGUUCGGCAAAGACUUCCUACUGAGGUCGCACCAGCAGAAACUCCACGGACUGGUUAGUCAAACCGGAGCGGAAAGAGAAUCGAUAUCACCACCCAGUGUGACGACGGUGAUAAUUCCUGCCGUAAAGACGGCGGCGAUGACGGUAGCCAAGGCCAGAGGGGAAGUUCCCUUUGCCGUGUUGCAUAUGAUCAACGAGAUUCCGCUUAUCGUUCGAGUGCUGGAGCAAGGGGAUUACAGUAUCCUUAAGGCGGCCGAAUAUAGCGACUUUCGCGAAUCGCAGCGAAGCGAACCGAAUGAAACGCAAAGUUUUACGAUUGCUGUGGUAGCGACGAUAUACCAAAAGGAGAGUCAUGACGGUCGAAAAUACUUUGCCAUAACGGGACCAGCUCCAUGCCAGCAGCCGCAAGAACCGAUGGCAACGGCAGGGUCCGAAGCAGCUGAUGGGGACGAACGUGGUACGAUUAUGCAGGAGUCGUUGGGCAGCGCGAAUCUGUACAAGACGCUUACGCAGCUGAACGCGCCGGAUAUGGUUGUAUUAGACCAAAAGGAAAUGUCGAAGAAAGAAGCGCAACCAUCAACAUCCGGAAACAAGCAGCAGAAGCGUAAGUAUCAGCGUAAAAGAAUUUCAACGCAACCGGCGAAGAAGAUACCAAAACAGCCGAAAGUGAUUACCAUCGUCGACGAUCCCCGGCGAUGGUGGCAGAAUGAGAACGUUGCCCCUGCGACGGGAUCCUUUCGACCGAGAGCAGGAGUGACAAAUUUCCGAGACAUCGCCACCGGCUCACUGCUUUCCCCAGAUCGUAAAACGCACCGAACGGCGGCCCCACCCAGUGAAGGAGUGCAGCUUCUGUCUGAGCCAGCAAUAGAAGAUCCAUUUGCCGAUCCGAACGAGCUGGAUUUUAUACAAGUAGGGGACGGAACGCUUCCGGAAAGGACGGAUAUUGAAAUUUCGAACGAGGAAAUGUUUUCGUCUAUUGUUUAG